ACUGAUUCGAGAGCACCAUAGCCACAAGCAAAGACUAAAAAGAGCAGGUACUUAUAAACCCUAAACCUGUACACCUGACUAAUAUAUAUAGCCUUAUGAUCUUUGGAGGUGAAAUCUCAGAAUCUGGAUUUUAUUUCCUUUGCCUGGAAAUUUGGAACUUUCCGGGAAUCCUACAGGCCUUUUACGAUCUUCAAUAUCUUUGCUUUCAAGAGCUUUGUAAACAUUCUGAUAUCUAUCUCGGAACCACUCUGGGAACCUGGACUCAUCCAAAAAUCAUCCUUCACAUAGCACCUAGGAGCUGUUCCAGGGUUUGAGUUUUCUUGUGACCUUGGAAACACUUUCUUCCCACACCUAGCCUCUUGCCUUUGACCAUCAGAAACACUGUGAGAUCCUUUUUGAAUAUUUUUAUUUUACAAUCUUUGGAACCUUUCCUCCCUUUUGGACCUAAUCUGGAAACUAGUACCAUUCUGCAAUCUUAGUCUUAGUACCUUCAAAAUCUGUCUUUGACCAUUUCUGGAAUAGUGGGCCCAAACUAAAAACUUGACAUCUUGUGGAACUACACACAGAUCCUGGAUAAUUCUUCAUAAGUAAGUGUCCCAUCAUUUCCUCAACUUCCCCAAUGGCUCAGUCAGGCUCCUGCCCAAACCCAGACCUGUCAAACAGCACCAUUGUCCACAGUCAACCAGGUAUUUGUUCAGACCUGGAUACCCAGAGAGGAAGAGAGGAUGAGGACGGAGAAGAGGAAGAUGAGGAGGUGGAACUAGCCGAGGAGGUAGGGGAGGAUGUUUUGAUGAUGGCUGAAGCAGGAGAGGGGCAAGCUGAAGGAAAAAGCAGAGAGCAGAGUGAAAGGGAGGAAGUGCGGAUUAUACAGGUGGCCCUGUUACCAAAUGGAGUAAUAAGUGAGGGGGAGGGAGGAGGUGAAAGCCUGGAGGAAAACGGGGAGGGAGUAGAAGUGGGGGAUGAAGAGCACCAAAUGAUGGAUGAACAGACAAGAGAGAAAGAGGGUGAAGGCAAGAGUGAGGAAGAGUCAAAAGACACAAAGACAGUGAUUCAAAAUCCAUGUCACUUUUCAGCAUUGAUAGGGGUUAAGAAAGGUCACGAGCAGAUAUUUGACAGCAAUGAAGAAAAUGAAGAAGACAGAAAUAAACAAGAGGGAGUGAUAGCAAGGUCAGAGGUAAGGGAGGAUAAGACCAAUGAUGGAGACAAUGGGUUAGAAGAACACCAGGUAGUGUCCACUACUGAUGAUGCAGAGCAUGUUCAGGACUCAGGUACUCUUGUAGAACAGUCAGGAGAGGGUACACAGUUGUCUACUGAUGACACAGACAUAAUAGAAGUUGUUACUCUACCCACUAAUGGUGAGGUAACAGAAAGCGCUGACAAUCCAACAACAGAUAUGAUCCCUGGUACCACAGGCAUAAAUGAACAAGACAACAAUCAAGAUAAUGUAUGCCAAACCUCAAUGGUUAGCGCCAAUGGCAUACACUUCGAUAAAAUUUGCACAAUCAAAGUGGUAGCCAAUCAUACCAACCAAUUAACCAGUGAGAAUAAAGAUGAAAUGAAAAACUGUGGUGAGAAGAACAACUCAAAAUCCAGCAAACAGGAAGUUGAGCCCAUUAAUAAUAACAUCACAUGGCAACAGAAGGAUUGCAUAGUGGCAAAGGUUGAGGAUGAGGGACCCAAGAAGUUUGUGAAAGAUGCAAUGUUCACUUCUGAUGUUCUAGACAUAGGGGGUGAAGCAAAUCAGAAGUCAGAGCAACCAGACUUGGCCUUUGUACACUCUGCAGAACAGUCACAGACAGAAGGAGGGAUUGAGGAAACAAGAAAGGUAGGGAUAAACCAGCAGGAGCAAGAUGAAGAGCAAAUGCGACAGGUUGGGGUUAAUACUCUAACAGUGAUGGAUGGAGGAGGACAGAGUACAGAAGAGGAGGGGAAGACAGGUGAUAAUGUUUUUAGAGAGUCAAUGGGUGAGGAAGCGCACAGAGGACAAGGUGAUCUAGAAAUGCAAGAAGAGAAGAUUGUUCAAGUUGAACACCAGGCUAAGGUAGAUCUUCAAGAAACAGUACUGCAGUGUGUGGAGGAGGUACCUUUAGACACACAGCAAGAUGUGGAUUUGGACCAGGUCGAGGAGGCCUUUGAACUGGAGGAAGGGGGUGAAGUUGAACCUGAUAAGCCAGGAACUGAGGUCACAUUAGAGGAGAACAUUACAACAGAGGAGGGAGGUGAUUUGCAAGAACGUCCGUUGCAGCUCCUCAAAGAAGCAGGGACAGAUUGGGUAGAAAACUUGAGAGAACAGUUAAGACAGCAGGCCCUUGUAGAAGACGAGAAGGGAGGAGGAGCAGAAGAAGCAAUGGAGGGAGAGUUAGAGAUGGCGGAAGAACCUGUGACUGUUUUAGAUGAUGAGAUUGAAGAGAUAGAGGAGAGUCUGACUAGCGAACUUGAAGAACAAAAGCCUGGCACCACUGUCGAGACAAAGGAUGAAGACGAUCAAGAACUGCAAGGAGAGAUGGUUGAACCCGGUAAAGAGAAUGAUUCAAAACAGAAAGAUGAAAAAGGAGAGGUAGAGUUGGAUAAAAAUGGAAGAGUUAAAGGACUGAAGCAAGCAAUGGAGAAUGGGAUCUUGUGUCCUGAGCAGCAGCUGCUCAGGAAAGAUGAAUGGGGGACAGCAAGAGUCCUGUCAAUCAGGAGAAAAGAUAAUGACUGGAUAAAGAAAGAUCAAUCAGAGGAAGAGAGAGCAGCAGACAUGAAAGCUUGGAGGAAAGAACUGAGGCCUGUGAAUAAAGACAUCUUGGAAUCUGAGAGGGGCAGAAAAGAAUGGUUGAAGAAGGAAUCAUCGCCAUCAUCAGAAGAUAAAAGUCCGCCAAGGAAGGAGGACUGGAUAAAGGAGCUGAAGUCAAUGAUCAAAGACGAAUCCCUGCCCAAAAAGAGGGAUGAGCAGCUGAAGAAAAAGCGAGUGGUGCUGUUGGAGGAUGGCCAUUCGUACAUCCCCCAGCGGGAGGAGAUGACCGAGGAGAAGAGAGACGAGGUGAAACUUAUCUCCCAUAGGAGGGUGGGGAGCCCUUUACCUCCUGUUUGCAGGAACAGCAGCACACCCCAAGACCAGGACUAUGAGAUCUCACUCUAUGUCAAGGCGGGAAGUGAUGGGGAGAGCAUUGGUAACUGUCCAUUCUCUCAGAGACUCUUCAUGAUCCUGUGGCUUAAAGGAGUCAUCUUCAACGUCACCACUGUCGACCUCAAACGGAAGCCGGCUGACCUGCAGGACCUCGCUCCAGGAACCAACCCUCCUUUUGUGACCUUUAAUGGCGAGGUCAAGGUCGAUGUCAACAAGAUAGAGGAGUUCCUGGAGGAGAAACUGACCCCACCACGCUACCCCAGACUGGCUCCCAAACAUCCUGAAGCCAACACAGCUGGCAUUGAUGUGUUCGCCAAGUUCUCAGCUUACAUCAAAAACCCGAGGAAAGACACCAACGAUGCCUUAGAGAAAGCCUUGUUGAAGUCUCUCCGGCGUCUUGAUGACUUCCUGAGGACUCUCCUGCCUGAGGAGAUUGAUGCUGAUGCCUCAGGAGACCUGCCUGAGUCCUCCAGGAGCUUCCUAGACGGGUCUGAGCUCACCCUGGCCGACUGCAACCUUCUGCCUAAACUACACAUCCUUAAGGUCGUAGCCAAGAAAUACCGUGGCUUUGAUAUUCCAGCGGAGAUGACAGGGGUGUGGAGGUAUUUAAACUGCGCCUAUCAGAGAGAGGAGUUCACAAGCACCUGCCCAGCUGAGAGGGAGAUCGAAUUUGCCUAUCUGGAUGUUGCAAAACGAAUCAAAUAAGAGGAAGAGUGGGAAAGGACGGAAAGAAAUGGGGUAAAUACAUGGGAUAAUACAGAGGAGGAAAAUUACUUUAGUAAACUAGAGAGAGUUAUCAUGCAUACCUGUAGAUGGUACAACAAGUAGACAGUUAGUAAAAAAAAAAGACACAUGACAAGAGAGAUGAGAGUCAAGAAAAAGCAAGAAAUGUGGGAAACUGGUGAUGUGAAAAUAAAUCCAGCUGGUGGAUGUUUUGGUGAAUUCUGAUGAAUUUACAUGAAGAUAUAGGAGAGGAGGCUAAAUGAAGAAUAAGAACCCCAGGAUAUAGGUUAGAUCCAAACUAAUACUAAAAAAUCUAUGAACUCCUUUUUAAGUUUAAUAUCUCCGCAUCAGCUUGGAAGUUGAACCCUGAUUACCUGUUUGUGUGUGUAUGUGUGAAAAUGUAUGUCUACAAUAUGUGUGUGCGUGUAUUUACGUGUGUGCUCUCACAGGUUGGGUUGCACAGUCAUCUACUGUAUUUUUAUGCUAAUCAUUUUACAAAUAAUGACAACUAGUAAUUUGAUAAUUGUAGAAUUAAUUCCAAAUUUCUUUUAAAUUUUUUUUUCACUUUUCACACAAUGGCAGGGCCAAGUUCACUGCAGAGACUAAAUAAACAGCACAAUGAACAAGCAUUACUGUUCAGCAUGUAUUAGAAACCAUUUAGUCAAUUUUUAGCUAAUAUUAUAUAGACAAACAAUUAUGGCUUAGUUAAAACUUGUCUUUAUUUUUAUCUGGAAUCUGCUAAAUAAGCACAUUUUAAAUCAUGUUAACAGUUCACGACUGAAAUUAAAGAACAUUACACACACUGUACGAUCAAUUAUAUCCCUUCAAUAUAUGCAUUAAAGGAACAGUGAGGAGGAAUGAGGACCUUUUGCAUUUGCUUUCUUGCUGAGUUACAGACUGGAAACAGAGGGAAACAGCUAGCAUGGCUCUGUCAAGCCUGGAAGUCACUGGUCUGACCAAGAAAUAGUUCCACCACGUAACUCGCUGUAAGAGUUCUGUUUUUGUACAGUACAUGUUAAUCAGUAAGCUUUAGAGGUGCUGGUCAGUGGAUUUUUUUACCUUUGCUGGGCCAGCUGUUUCCACCUGUUUCCAGUCUUUAUGCUAAGCUAAGGCCUGCUGGCUCUAGCUUCAUAUUUAGUGUACAGAGCUGAGAGUGCUUUCUUUUCAUCUAACCCAUAGCAAGAAAGCAAGAGUAUUUCCCAAAGUGGUGAUCUCUUUAAAUGUGUGUAUAGUAUCUGUUUUAGUCAGAUCACUGGAAUACAAGAAAUGAUGUUAUGCAAAUCUAUGGUCUUGACCAUAAUAUCUGUCUUCCUCCACGUCUGGGUUAUUAUCACCAUCAAAAUAUGAAUGUGAGGCUAAGGGACCUUUAAGGUUUUGGGGAGCACUGAAGUUUAACAUCUAGUCUUUCCAUUCCUCUCUGCUGAUGUGGCAAAAUAACCAAUAAUCUGAAACAUUAAAUGUUUCAUAGUAUUAAUUAGUUUAAAUCAUAUCGAUCUUGUCCUACUUCUUUUGAUAAGAAAGUAAACAAAUAUUCCUUUGAAGGAUAAUUCCAUUUGGUUCUUAUUUUUAUAGUUUAGGCCAUCAAUCAUUUCAGCAAUAAUAACAUUGUACUCACCAAGUUAAUUGCUGAGAUUUGGGAACAAGGAGGCAUCCUUAAAAAGAUGUCUGACAGGUCAAAAACGAGCAGUCAGAUGAUCAGACAGGUUGGAAACACAGCCCCAGGUUAGUCAAACUUAUUUGGAAGAAAAAAUGAAAGCAAGAACAGUAACAUUAUUACUCAAACUGUCCAUUAUACAUAUCCAUAACAGUUUACAGAUCCAAUUCCAGCCAACAUUUUAUUUUAAUGUAAUUCGCUAACCAAGUUAGCAUUAGCCUGUUUCUGCUGACAUUGCAUGACAAUUUCAGCACAAAUUCAGUAUUUCCAGAAACUACAAAAAUAAUACUUUUUAAUUGUAAUGAAUCAGAACUAUCCUUUAAGCCUUAUUUGAUGAAAUCCAUUCAUAAUUUUAAAGACAGCAGAACUGUGAACUGUGUUCAAUGGUUCCUCUUUAUGUUGAUUGCUCCCAAAGCCCAGUUAACUCCUCCCACUGUAAGUGUAAGCACACUGUGUAUAAAAUUCAUCAUCUGAUUCCAUUUUCUUCAUUGAAUAUCUUAAUGUUAAUGAUGAAUCAGUAAUCAAAUAAAAAUGAAAAGUUAAAGUGUUUAAUGUCAAGGCCUGACUAGCUAAGAGCCUUUUCUAUUAGUACAUUUUAUAAGAAGGUAAUUGUGCUGAAUGUGUACUCUCUAUACUGAUGCAAUGACACUAUUUACUCAUACUGUGAUUUAUGUGACAUACUUAUUUUGUAUCUAAUACUGGCUGAGUGGAGGCAGGCCUUGAUGCUGGUUAGCUGAACUGGUGAUGGUGACUUUCUGAUUGACACAUUAUAUAGUUCAAAAGACUCAAAGACCACAAUCAUAAUACUGUGUCACUUACCCAAAGUCCUUGCUCCUCUCUCUUAUAUUUUUAGUUGUAGUAGAAGUGUUUUCAGUACAACAUAAGUUGCCAGUAUGCCAGACAAGAGUCACAGUUAAAAACAAUGCUUCCUGCCAUGGUAAUUUACUAUUUUAAAUAACAAAAUACAUUUUUUCCUUUUUAUUGUUUUAUUUGAACUAAUUUGAUAUUUUAUGAUAUUUUGGGACACAGAUGUUCAGUUUUAUCCUAGUUCCCUUGAAUGCAGCUUUAUUUCAUUAAAAUCAUAUGUUUGAUUGUUGGACAAAAGUGCUUUAGUGUGUUUUUGCACCAAACCACCACUUUGAUAGACGUGUUCCAGCCAUUCAGUGUUUGGCAGAGAUGUGUCAGUGUCCUGCACCAAACCAGCCCUGACACCAGCCUGCUGUGUUCUGGCCUUAUAUCCUCUCUGGGGAGAAUCUUUAUUAAACUGAAUUUAUCACUGUG